UGGAGGCAGCCACCCUGCUGUCACUAGCCGGCGCCCGUCUGUGUACACGGAGGCGCGGGGCACCGGCCCUGGUCUACCCUCCGGGGCAGCUCUGCACUCAUCUGAGCUUAAGUGCUCUUUCUGCGAACCUCAGAGCUGUGGCGGUUCCAGCCAUAUGUGCCCCCCUCGCGCGUCCACUUCUGCCGGCCUCUGUUCUGGAUCAGCUUGAUGGUGUAGUCCUGGCUGACCCGCUAGAGAGUGAGAGUCUGCACAUCGACAUUCUGGUCGGUGUUGAUCAGUUCUGGCAACUGGUAAGUGGGGAGACGCGAGUACUGCGAGAGGGUAUGGUGGCUCAGAGAACUGUGUUCGGCUGGGUGCUGAGCGGUCAGGUGAGUGGCGUAGAUGACCACAAGGGUGGAUGUCAGCUCCUGUGUCUGGGUGACAUACAUGAGUCGGCGCUGCGCCGUCUGUGGUCACUGGAGGGAGUAGGUGUGACGGAUGUGACCACUGGUGAUGAGUCUGAUGUGAUGACCACGUUCGAGUCCACUGUGGAACGAUCAGCUGAUGGUCGUUAUGUGGUGAAACUGCCAUGGAAGGAGGGUGCAGUUGACCUGUUGCAGGAUAACCGAGCUAGUGCUGAAAAGCGGCUGACUGGUCUGGGACGUAAGCUGGAGCGGGACCCUGACCUGCGUGCCUGUUAUGAUGGUGCCCUGUGUGAGAUGGAGGGGGCUGGGGUGAUUACAGAGGUGCCUGUGGAGGAGCUGGUAACCCAGAACCCUACAUUUUACCUGCCCCACCGUCCGGUAGUCAAGGAGAGCAGCACCUCUACUAAAGUCCGCCCAGUGUUCGAUGCGUCCGCUCGUGGGCCUAACGGUGUCUCUUUGAACGAUUGCUUGGAGGUGGGACCCUGCCUCCUGCCUAACCUGCUGGAGGUUCUCCUGCGUUUCAGGCGUUGGCCGUUCGCAGUGACCGCUGACAUCACGAAAGCCUUUCUGCAGGUCGGUCUGAGUGUCGAGGAUCAAGACACCCACCGUUUCCUGUGGGACUGUGACGGUCGUGUGCGUGUGAUGAAGUCACAGAGGGUCAUUUUUGGUGUCAGUAGUUCUCCCUUCCUCCUAAGUGCUACGAUUAGACAUCAUUUGUCUCUGUACCCUGAUUCUCCUGCCAUUCGUGAGAUGCGUGAGAAUUUCUAUGUGGAUGACCUGUUGUCGGGUGCCAACAGCGAGAGUGAGGCCUCCGCGCUGCUCUCAGAGGCUCAGCGUGUGAUGAGAGAUGCCCACAUGAUGUUGACCAAGUGUCGCUCUAACAGCCCCCUGUUGUUCGACAAGGCGCAGGGUGUGUUUGGUGAGAGUGAGCAUGUGAAGGUGCUCGGUGUGAUCUGGAACCCGACUGAUGACCUGUUCGCAUUCCAGGGCGUGUCACUGCCUGACGACAUUGUUCCCACAAAAUGUGUCGUUCUCAGCUUUGUCGCACGCAUGUUCGAUCCCCUUGGAUUCAUCAGCCCGUUUGUGAUGACUCUGAAAUCUCUCUUCCAAGAGCUGUGGCAGCUGGGGUUGCACUGGGAUGACCCGCUGCCGGAGUCCUGUCGUGACGUGUGCCCCCGUGGAGGUGACGUGUGUUCCCUUGGUGGUGAUGUGUACCGAGCUGGUGGUGAUGUGAGCACGCCUGUGUGCUCACCAGGCGGUACCGUGCGCACGCCUGUGUGCUCGCCUGGCUGUGCUGUGUGCACGCCUGUGUGCUCGCCUGGUGGUGCUGUGUGCUCGUCCGGCGGUGCGGCGUGCUCGCCUGGCGGGGCUGUGCGCACUCCCGGCGCAGCCGUGUGCUCGCCUGGCGGUGCUGUGUGCUCGCCUGGCGGUGCUGUGUGCUCGUCCGGCGGUGCGGCGUGCUCGCCUGGCGGGGCUGUGCGCACUCCCGUGUGCUCGCCUGGCGGUGCUGUGUGCUCGCCUGGCGGUGCUGUGUGCUCGUCCGGCGGUGCGGCGUGCUCGCCUGGCGGGGCUGUGCGCACUCCCGUGUGCUCGCCUGGCUGGGCUGUGUGCUCACCCGGCGCUGCCGUGUGCUCGCCCGGUGCUACCUUGUGCACACCGGACGGAGCUGUGUGUUCGUUUGACGAGAAGGUGUCUGAUCCUAUUACUGAGGAGAUGGUUGAAGUAGAGUCCUUCUGUUUGGUGACUUCACAGUUUGAGGAAGUAUUUCCUGUUGAACGCUGGGGUAAGAUGUCCAAGGCUGUCCGUGUGGCGGGCUGGGUCCGUCGAUUUAUACGGAACUGUCGUGUCCCAGCUGACAGGUGCAGUCUUCCUGAUCUGACGACUCUCGAGCUAGCUGACGCGAGGCUCGAUCUGCUGCGACAGGAGCAGCGGAAGGCGUUUUCUGGAGAAUGGAGCGCGUUGGAGAAGCGCCAGUCGCUGCCGAAGGGCUCGCGCCUGAUCGGUCUCGACCCGUUUAUCGCUGACGAUAGACUUCUCAGAGUGAGGGGUCGGCUGGAGUUCUCUGACUUGAUGUACGAGGAGAAGCACCCGAUUCUGCUGCCAAAAUGUCACUUGGCUGUGCUUUUGGCAAGAGAGCAGCAUGUUCUUCUGAAACAUGCGGGUGUCUCAACGAUGAUGACUUCGCUCAGAGGAGCGUAUUGGAUCUUGGGCUUGCGCUGCAUCGCCAAGGGUGUGAAGCGCGGCUGUGUCAGCUGCCUUCGUCACGAUUCUCGACCGUUCAACGAGGAGGCGGCGCCUCUGCCGGGCUGCAGAGUGACUCAGUCCCCUCCAUUCACAGUGACUGUUGUUGAUUUUGGUGGUCCCCUGUUCAGCGUCGAUUUUCCACGGAAGAAAUUUUACGUGUGCCUGUUCACGUGUGCUGUCACGCGUGCCGUUCACCUUGAAAUGACUGACGCCCUGUCGUUACCGGCAUUCAUGCUAGCACUCAGGCGUUUUUCAGCCAGGCGCGGUCUACCAAGGAUCAUGUACUCUGACAACGCACCUACUUUCAGGGGAGCUGAUAAGCAGCUGCAGCGUGUCUACAGUCAUCUGGCGCCUGAGUGGCGCUUCAUUGUACCGCAUUCGCCGUGGUGGGGCGGAUGGUGGGAACGGCUCAUCCGUUCCGUGAAAGUGGGCCUGCGCAAGUCGCUUGGGUCACGCUGUCUGUCACGGGAUGAGCUGGAGACUGUGUUGUUAGAAGUUGAGUGUUGUGUUAACUCCCGUCCAUUGACGUUUGUUGGUGAUGGACUGGACUCGAGCCCCCCGAUCACCCCGGCGCACUUUCUGACGGGCAGAGGGACCGGGUUCUCCUCGCGGGUGGUGGAGGACCCUGCCUGUGUGAAUGCGAAGGCGCUGACUGAGAGAGCUCGUGCGUGUGAGAAGCGUCUGGCUAGAUUUUGGUCUGUCUGGUACAAGGAGUAUGUCAGGACCCUGCCGCCUUCUGUCAGAAGGUUCAGGCCUCAAGGUAAGCUGUCCGAGGGCUCCAUGGUCAUGCUGCAGGAGGAUAACGUGCCGCGCAUGAGGUGGGUACAUGGCGUCGUCACGAGACUGAUCACCGGCCGAGACGGAAAGGUGAGGUCGGCAGAAGUCCGGACUCCGUCUGGUCUAAAAACCCGUCCCAUCCAGAGGCUUUUUGACCUCGACCCGCUGUCCUCUGAGCCGUGAACCGCUCACAUUCGUCGGCGGUGUUAGACCGCAGUGUUCGUCAGCAGUGUUAGUUUGUUUUUCUCUCGUCUGCGAUUACAGGCAAGGUAGUGUUGGGCGCCGACUGUAGAUGUCGCUCUGAGCAGUGAGGCGGCGUGCAGAGGACGCGCUGAGUUGACAGUUGCGUGUGGUGGCUCGCAGAGUGCAGGGUGCAAGUGGCCCUGGUGAUGUGACAAGUUUGAUGUCGUUUGCGUCGAGGUUGGCGUCUGUUUGUUUGAAGAGUGGUUAAUCGAUUUACGUUUGCGUUUGUAGACUGAUGCGUUUGACUCAGAUUCUCUGUCUGAAUCUGUCUGAAUUGAAUUAAGUGAUGCAGUCUUGUUCGCUGUGAACUAUGGAUCUGUCGUUGUAAGAUCGGUUCCGUACCUGUGUGAAACGCGCCCUCUGAAGUUCGCAUUUCAGGGGGGAGGAUGUUAUGGAAUUUAGUGAACGCUUCUCUUGGCAGCGAUUCAACGACUAUUUUUUAGCAGUGGUUUAGUGUUUCGACGGUCGUCGACGUGGCCUGAGAAAUGUGAUGUGGUGCGCAGGAAUCGUCUGAUUCAAUAUAUACGCAUUGAAAUGGCUUGA